AUGAUAGAUUAUAAGUGGGAAGUUUGGACAGUAUUUGUUGAUAAGGCUCACUUUAUUGAGGCCAUUAGAACUUAUGUUGUGCAUACUAGGAGGGCUUUGAAGUUUGUUAAAAACGAUAAGCGUAGGGUGGGAGUUAGAUGCAUGGGUGGACAAGGUAAGUGUCCAUGGACAGCUUACUGUGGUUAUUUACCAACCCGACAAUUUUGGCAAUUAAGGAAAAUAAAGGACACCCAUAGUUGCAGUAGACAACUUAACAUUAAGAUUUUGAAUACAAAGUGGUUGAGUGAAGAAAUAGAUAGGUCUUUACAAGACAAUCCAAACUUGAAGGUGCAAGACAUACGUAAAAACGCUUUACGUAAAUGGAAUACUAAGAUUUCCAUCUCCAAAGCACGAAGGGCAAAGUUGAUGGCAGUAAGGCAACGUAUUGGAGAUUUCAAAGAAGAGUAUAGAAGAAUACAUGAUUAUGGACAUGAACUUUUGAGGUCUAAUCCUGGGUCAACAGUUAAGGUGGAGGUUGAUAGUGUUAAUGGUGAGUAUAAGGGAGAGUUGCUCACUGCAAUUGGAAGGGACCCAAAUGACCAAAUGCUUCCCCUUGCAUAUGCCAUUGUUGAGGUCGAGAACAAAGAGACAUGA